ACGUAAACAGACCAAACUUUCAGAUCCCCUGCUAUCCAAUAAAGUAGUCAAAUCACUGUUAAACGUUUAGAAUGAGAUCCAGAGCAGGUGAUGUGUAAAAUGACACGCUGAGAAAUUAGGGCGUGUCCCACUCAGACCGGUAGGCGUGUCAUACAGAAGGGGAGUGUCUGGGAGAUUUCCUGUUGAACAUAUAAAAAAGAACUGAAAGAAAGAAAAAGUGUAACUUUAAUCUGCAAGCAGAGAGGCUGUCAAACAAAGGAGCUUUUGACGUGACCCUUCUACUGCCCAACACUGCUGAAAGACAUGGUAGAUUUAGGACACGCAUGCUUCUGCUUUGACUAAACCCUCUGAGCUGAAAUUCCUAUUGGACAGUCAUGGGAGGAUCCGGUCCUGAUGAGACUGCGGAUGUGAUUUGUGGCGUUUGUUGUGAAAAAGCUGUGAAGUACUGUGUGACCUGCAGCAGUUCCUACUGUCAGAUCCACAUCACUCAACACACAGACCUGCAGAAACACACACUGGUGGAUCUGAAACAACAACAAUCACAAGAUGAUUCUGAUAUUCUGCAGAGAGUCAAAGACAUUCACAAAACCAGCAUGAAGAACAAGUAUGAAAGUUUAUUUGAGGGAAUCCAACUCCAGGAGAAUAAAACCCUGCUGGACAAGAUUUACACACAACUGUACAUCAUAGAGGGAGAAAGUGAAGGAGUGAAUGAAGAACAUGAGGUGUUACAGAUGGACAAGGAACCAAAGUCGCUGAAACACCGUAAAUCCAUCCACUGCAAAGACAUCUUUCAUCUCUCACCUGAAUCCAGAUGUGAUGAAGGGAAGGGAAAAGGAAAGAUUAAGAGCGUUCUUACUAAGGGCAUCGCUGGAAUCGGUAAAACGGUCUCUGUGCAGAAGUUCAUUCUGGAUUGGGCCGAGGGAACAGCCAAUCAGGACGUAGAUUUCAUGUUUGUGCUUCCAUUUCGAGAGCUGAACUUGAUUCGAGACGAUCACUACAGUCUUCACAAACUCCUGCUUGACUUUCAUCCUGAACUUCAAGAUCUGCAGCAGAAGAUUUAUGAGGAGUGUAAAGUUGUGUUCAUCUUUGAUGGUCUGGAUGAAAGCAGACUUCAGCUGAAGUUUGCAGACGGUGAGAAAGUUUCUGAUGUGACUGAGACCUCAUCCGUUGGAGUGUUGAUGUCAAAUCUGAUCAAAGGAGAUCUGCUUCCUUCUGCUCUCAUCUGGAUCACCUCCAGACCAGCGGCAGCCAAUCAGAUUCCCUCUAAAUACAUCACACGUGUGACAGAAAUCCAGGGGUUCAAUGACGCUCAGAAGAAGGAAUAUUUCAGGAAGAAGAUCAGCGAUCCACAGCAAGCCAGAAGAAUCAUCUCCCACAUUAAAACAUCGAGAAGCCUCCACAUCAUGUGUCACAUACCGGUCUUCUGUUGGAUCUCAGCCACUGUGCUUCAGAAGAUCCUGAAAGACCCUCACAAUGCAGAAAUCCCUAAAACUCUGACUGAAAUGUACAUUCACUUUCUAAACGUUCAGAUAAAUGCGAAACAUCAGAAAUAUGAUGAGAGAGAUGAGAAAGAUCCAGAGAAACUCCUGCAGUCCAACAGAGAAAUGCUUCUGAAACUAUCAGAACUGGCUUUCAAACAGCUGAUGAAGGGCAAUGUGAUGUUUUAUGAGGACGACCUGAGAGAGUGCGGCAUCGAUGCCGCUGAAGCUGUGAGAUAUUCUGGGAUGUGCACACAGAUCUUUAAGGAGGAUUCUGUGAUUUAUCAGAAGAAGGUUUACUGCUUCAUUCAUCUCAGCUUUCAGGAGUUUCUUGCUGCGUUUUAUGUGUUUCACUCACAUUUAAUAACCACAACCGAGGCAUUGAAGAUCUUCGAUGCGCUUCACAAUUUACUUGAAGGAGCCGUAGAGAAAGCCCUGGAGUGUGAGAACGGACACUUGGAUCUUUUCUUGAGAUUUCUGUUGGGUAUCUCACUGGAGUCAAAUCAGAGACUGUUACAGGGUUUACUGACCCACACAGAGGAGAGCGCAAAGAGCAUCCAGAAAACUACGACAUACAUUAAAAACAAAAUCAAAGAUGGAUGUGGUCUGUCAGCUGACAGGUCUAUCAAUCUGUUUCUUUGUCUGUUUGAAAUGAACGAUCAGACGCUUUACACCGAGAUUCGAGAGUUUCUGAAAUCAGAGGGAAACUCAAGACAUCGCAUCUCUGCUGCACAUUGUUCAGCGAUAGCCUACAUACUUCAGAUGUCAGAGCAGGUGCUGGAUGAACUCGACCCUAAAAAAUACAACACAUCUGAAGAGGGUCGAAGGAACCUGUUACCAGCCCUGAGAAACUGCAGGAAAGCGCUGUUUGCUGGCUGUAAUCUUACGGAUCAGUCGUGUGAAAUUGUGGCUUCAUCUCUACGGCCCUCAAACUGUCCAUUGAGAGAGCUGGACCUGAGUAACAAUGACCUGCAGGAUUCAGGAGUGAAGAUACUCUGUGCUGCACUGGACAAUCCACACUGUCAAUUGGAAAUACUGAGUUUAUCAGGCUGUUUAGUGACAGAGGAAGGUUGUGCCGCUCUGGCUUCAGCUCUGAGAUCAAACCCGUCACAUCUGAGAGAGUUGGAUCUGAGCUACAAUCAUCCUGGAGAGACAGGAGUUCAGCUGCUAUCUGUUCUACUGGAAGAUCCACAUUACAAACUGGACAAACUCAAUCUGGAUCACGGAGAGCAGUUCAGGCUCACACCAGGAUUACGAAAAUACGCAUGUGAUCUCACUGUGGAUCCAAACACGGCACACAUUCGUCUCCUCCUGUCAGAGGGAAACAGAAAGAUAACAUGUGCGCACACGGAGCAGCCGUAUCCCGGUCAUCCGGACAGAUUUGAGCGUUACGAGCAGCUUCUGUGUAAGGAGAGUCUGUCUGGACGCUGUUAUUGGGAAGUGGACUGGAAUGGCUGGAGUCACAUAUCAGUGACAUAUAAAGGAAUCAGCAGGAAAGGAGGCAGUAACUGCAGGUUCGGACUGAAUGAACAGUCCUGGAGUCUUUACUGCUGCGACACGAUUUACUCUGCGUGGCACAAUAAGAAGAGCACAAACGUUCCUCUUCCUUCAUCUCCCUCUCACAGAGUAGGAGUGUAUCUGGACUGGGCGGCCGGCACUCUGUCCUUCUACAGCAUCUCUGACUCCAACGCGCACAUGCAAACAUACACGCACAUAUACACAUUCUACUUCACGUUCACUGAGCCCCUCUACGCAGGAUUCGGACUUUAUUCAGAUUCUUCAGUUCAUCUGUGUGAGAUGUGAGCGAACUGGAAUCCGUUACCUCUAAUGAGCCACGAUGGAUCUCAUGGAAAAAGAUAAAGACGGAGAGAUAGCAGACACUGGACCACACGCCUGAGGACCCACAUGAGCUGCUCAACCACUUUUGAAAACAUACGCAGAACGUGUGAAUUGUAAUGGUCCCUAAAACGCAUCAAAAAGCUCCGCCAGAUGCUCUUCAGAUAACUCAAAGUGGGACCUUUCAAACUAAUGUUAAUAAUAAUGUUUUGUGAUAUGUAUAUGUACAAGAAAUAAA